UGAAUGGCCUUGCUUUGGUGGUGUGGAGAGUUAGGAACGCGUCAAACUUUUAGUCCUCGCUUCAUCGGUCUUCUCCCCUCUCUCGCAUCGCAGCCCUUUGAAGCCCUCUCCUGACGCCGUCGCCAGUCGAAAGAUCUCAUCUUGGCCGACCGGUCGAUCUAAUUCAAGCCGCAAUCCUCGCUCCUGACGGAGUUUCUUGUUGCAUUGGGGCUCCUGCUGCGGUCAAAAUCGGAUCAGAUUUUGGGGUUCUUGGUGUGAUGCGCCAUUUAAUUCCGCUGAUUUAUAGUUCACGUCUUGCUGUAUGAGAAGAAAGAGGCGGAAUUGAGUUAGUACAGAAAGGUUGGUACCAUGGGGGUGUUUUGCUCGAAGAUGGCUGUGGUAGAUAGAUCGCCUAGUGAGAUCACCUUACAAAAUGGAUUUGGAGGCCAGUAUGCGUUUCCUUAUGAGACUCAUGGGAAGGGGCAGGGCAUUUACAAGACCUUGCCACGGGAAGAACCUAAGAAACAGUUAAGUGAAGAUCCCUACCCGUUUGCAGCAAUGGAUGGCUUUGGGAUCAUUGAAUCUCGUGCUGUGGAGCCGAAAUUGUCCAGGGCUUCUUCACAGAAAUCUAAAACCACUAUGGAAAAGCCAACAGCCUCUGGAAAAUCUGGGACAACCAAGGUCUCAGAAGUGAGCUCACUCUUGGGCAGGGCUGGUACCGUUGGACUUGGGAAGGCAGUGAAUAUGUUGGACAUAGUUGGUAGUAGCAUGACAAAUUUGAACUCUGGGAGUGGCUUUGUCUCAGGGGUCAUAUCAAAAGGCAACAAGAUUUCUAUUUUGGCUUUUGAGGUUGCCAACACAAUAGUGAAAGGUUCUAAUCUCAUGCAGUCACUGUCGAGAAAAAAUAUAAAGCAUUUGAAAGAAGUGGUGCUUCCUUCGGAAGGGGUGCAAUGUUUAGUUUCUAAAGAUAUGGUUGAAUUAUUGAGAAUAGCUGCUGCUGACAAAAGGGAAGAGUUGAAAGUAUUUUCUGGGGAGAUUAUUCGAUUUGGAAAUCGCUGCAAAGAUCCUCAAUGGCACAACUUAGAACGCUACUUUGACAAGUUGGAGUCUGAUCUUACACCUCAGCAGAAGCUAAAGGAAACGGCAUCAGAGGAAAUGGAAUACUUGAUGGCGUUGGUUCAUUAUACAGCUGAGCUUUACCAUGAGUUACAUGCUUUGGAUAAAUAUGAGCAAGAUUACAGGCGGAAACUCCAAGAGGAGAAGAAUUUGGUUGCAGCUCAAAGAGGGGACAAUCUACAAAUACUACGACAAGAGCUGAAGAGCCAACAAAAGCAUGUUAAAAACUUAAAGAAAAAAUCACUUUGGACACGGAAUUUGGAAGAGGUUAUGAUGAAGCUUGUGGACAUUGUGCAUUUCUUGCAUUUGGAAAUUCAUCGUGCCUUUGGAAGUGCUGAUGGGGAUAAACCUGUUGAAGGGUCCAUCAGCGGCCAGCAAAGACUUGGGCCAACUGGCCUUGCACUGCAUUAUGCAAAUAUUAUUAUUCAAGUUGACACUCUUGUUUCACGAUCAAUUUCUGUGCCACCAAACAAUAGGGACGCGUUGUACCAAGGACUGCCACCCGGUAUAAAAUCUGCACUGCGGUCCAAGUUACAAUCCUUUCAGGUCAAGGAAGAGCUAACAGUUCCUCAAAUCAAAGCUGAAAUGGAGAAAACUUUGCAGUGGCUUGUGCCAAUAGCAAACAACACAACCAGAGUACACCAUGGUUUUGGUUGGGUCGGGGAAUGGGCAAACACAGGCAUCGAAAUGAACCGGAGGCUUCCUGGGCAUACCGACUUGAUCAAGAUAGAGACGCUUCAUCAUGCAGAUAAGGACAAGACAGAUGCAUACAUACUCGAUUUGGUCCUGUGGCUUCAUCACCUGAUUACCCACAGCAGACCUGGGAACACAGCUAUUAGGUCUCCCAACAAGUCGCCAAUUCGAUCACCUAAAAAGAAGAGGUCACCUGUGUCUUCGCCCAUGAACAAAUCUGCCUCUCCAUCUUCCAAGCUCACCCCAGAAGAGCAAGAAAUGCUCCGAGAUGUCGACUUCAGAAGACGCACCCUGGGGAGAAGCAAAAGCCAGGAAUUUGAAAUCGGCGGAGCGAGGUUGAGAAAGGAUGACAGGUUGAGCAAGAGCAGCAGUCACUGCCCUCGGAACGAGAUUUCAAAAGAGUUCUCCUUGAUGAGGCGACAGUCUGUCGCCCCCGUUAUCGAUUUUGACAUCGAUCGGAUCAAAGUUUUGGAUAUAAUUGAUAGAGUGGACAGCCUUAGCAACCUAUAAUCUGAAUGUUAUGGAUGAUCCAGUUGAUUGAUAUGGUUAGCAGGCCAUCUGCAUCUCAUGUUCUUGCUUGAGGGUUGACAAGCUCUGUAAUAUAAACCAGACUUGUUGAAAGAGAACGAGUGAAUGUAUUGUAAGUAAUAUUAGAGAUGCCUAUCAUCAUUGAUUUGUGAAAAUAUACAAGGUGUCAUUCAAUCUUCA